AUGGCCUGCGAGAAAGCUACUUUAGAGGAUCAAGUGGCUACUUUGGAGGACCGAUCAGAGCGACUUAAGGACCAAGAUGUUCGUGAGGCUUGUGAAGCCCUUGGGUUUGAGAAAAGGAGGCAACUGAGUGGUUUCUCCACAUCUUCUGGUAAAUCUAAAGUUUUGGGUCAUGGCCAAGUGGCGAGCAGGGCCAAGGAGGUCAACACUGUCCUUACAUCUUUUGUCAAGACGGAUUUUGCUGGCCUCUUUCGUUUAGGGGAGUUAGGUUAUGAUGGCUUCCAUCAGUUUUGUGGCAAUCUAAGCCUGGGAGGUUCUUCCUCGGACUCCAAGGGUUGA